GCACCUCCACGAUGCUAUUCCUAGGCCAGCUCAGUCCAUGUUUUCUAAAUCCUCAUUAGUUAAAUUUCAAAGAAACCUUCCAUGGCACAUGCAACUGUUUCAUCACCUCACAUUAUUUCUUUCUUGACCCUACCAGAAAAACCAAUAUUUCCACUAUAUAAAUAUUUCCUCAUUUCAGUUUCACUUCACCUCUCCAAUAAUUUCUCAUUUUCUUCCCACCUUUUCCCCACAUCCUUAUAGAUAAACCAUGAACAGUCUUUUGAGUAAACAACAUGCUUACUCAAAGAUGGAAAUGGAGGACCCUGAGGAGAUUCAACAUAGAAGAGCACAGUUCUUGAUUUACAAGGCAUUACAGAAAGCAGAUUCUGCUGUGUCACAGAGAAAGCAGCAGCCAUGGCUAAAAGUGAAAGUGUGUAAGUUGAAGAUCAAGAUUGGACGGAGAUUAAAGAGGUUUAGGAAGAGCAUAUUGUUGACAUUCUCUGUUGCUAGAGGUGGUGUUUACAAGCAAUUUAUGUCCCAAUUGAAAUCUUGGAAACGUUUGCUUAAGGGUAGAGAUGCUAUGGUUGGAGACUCUGUUACUUCGGUGCAGGUGAAGGAGAAGGUAAAGAACAACAAGGGUUGCGGUGGAUUGUUAAGUAUUCCUUCAUCAUUAAUCAGAGGUCUCGGGUUUCGGUCUCUGGGUAUGAAGUUGCCUUAGUUAGGGAACCAUUUACCCCUAAUAUGAGACUUCCCAAUGCGAUUCGGAUUUAGUCGGCCCUAAUAUCAAUAUCGGAUACCGGUGGGAAACAAGAAAAAAAAAAAAAAAAAAAAAAAAAAAAAAAAAAAAAAGAAGAAGGAGGAGAAGGUAAAGAAAAGAGUGUGGUGAGAAUCAGAUUUUAUAUCUGUAAGAUAUAAGUGUACCAGUGAA